GCGAAAAGAGGAGGUUCUUGAAGAGUCUUUUAUUUAUUUCUUUGUUUCCAGUAGAAAUAAUAAUAACAACGAUAUAUUAUUACAGGGACUUCAUUGUUGUAUUUGUCUGCUCACGCAAGAAAACUGGAUAAGAUUACAGUUGGAAUUAAAAAGCCAAAGCGAAGGGGUAGAGGAUGAAGCGGCGCAAUGCGGACUGCAGCAAACUCCGACGGCCGUUAAAACGGAACCGAAUCACUGAGGGUAUAUACGGCAGUACCUUCCUGUACUUGAAGUUCCUGGUGGUCUGGGCACUGGUCCUGCUGGCAGACUUUGUGCUCGAGUUCAGGUUUGAGUACCUGUGGCCCUUCUGGCUUUUCAUUAGAAGUGUGUACGACUCCUUCAGGUACCAGGGUCUGGCCUUCUCAGUGUUCUUUGUGUGCGUGGCGUUUACCUCUGACAUCAUAUGCCUGCUCUUCAUACCCGUACAAUGGCUGUUCUUUGCUGCCAGCACCUAUGUGUGGGUGCAGUAUGUGUGGCACACAGAGAGAGGGGUCUGUCUCCCCACAGUGUCUCUUUGGAUACUCUUUGUGUACAUAGAGGCAGCCAUCAGAUUUAAAGACUUGAAGAACUUCCAUGUCGACUUGUGUCGACCAUUUGCAGCACAUUGUAUUGGUUAUCCCGUGGUGACAUUAGGCUUUGGCUUCAAGAGCUACGUCAGUUAUAAGAUGCGCUUACGAAAACAGAAGGAGGUGCAGAAGGAAAACGACUUCUACAUGCAGCUCUUACAGCAGGCCCUGCCUCCAGAGCAACAGAUGCUUCAGAGACAGGAAAGGGAGGCAGAGGAAGCUGCAGCAGCAAAAGGUGUAUCUGAGGUGGAGUCCACAUCCAUCUCACAGAAUGGUGCACCUGGCAGUAAAAAGAUGUCUGCACCGCUUCCUGAGCUAGAGUACAGAGAAAAAGUUAAAGAGGGCCGGGAGUCUAAAAAGCAACACAACAAUAUCCUGCCAUCAUCGGUAGAAUCUAAACUCCAGGAGAUGGAGUACAUGGAAAACCAUAUGAACAACAAGAGACUGACCACAGAACUGGUGGGCAGCACAGAUAAUCUGCUGCUAAAAGAAGAGAACUCUUCCUCCUGCUCUUCCACCUCUUCCUCAUCCUCCUCCUCAAAAAACUACAAGAAUGCCAGCGGCAACGUGACCGUUAACUCCUCGCCCCGUGGCCAUGGCACAACCAAUGGCAGUGUCCCUAUGUCAGCCCCUCCCUCUUCCUCAGGGAAGAACGAAAAGAAGCAGAAGUGUUCAAUGGGGCGAAGCCCAGCAGUGAGUUCCCACAGAGACCCAACUGACAACUGCAUUCCCAACAAUCAGCUUAGCAAACCUGAGGCACUCGUACGGCUGGAGCAAGAUGUGAAGAAGCUGAAGGCAGACCUGCAGGCCAGCAGACAGGUGGAGCAGGAUCUACGCAGUCAGAUAGGCUCCCUGGGCAGUGCUGAACGCUCCAUCCGCUCUGAGCUCGGCCAGCUGCGACAGGAGAACGAGCUACUGCAGAAUAAGCUCCACAACGCUGUCCAGGCCAAACAGAAGGACAAACAGGCCGUGGGCCAGCUGGAAAAGAGGCUGAAGGUGGAGCAGGAGGCCCGCGCCGCCGCAGAGAAGCAGCUUGCAGAUGAGAAGAAACGCAAGAAGUUGGAGGAGGCCACUGCUGCCAGAGCUGUGGCGCUUGCAGCAGCGUCCAGAGGGGAGUGCACAGACACGCUGAGGCGGCGCAUCACAGAGCUGGAGACCGAAUGUAAGAAACUGACCGUGGACAUCAAGCUCAAAGAAGACCAGAUCAGAGAGCUAGAGAUGAAAGUACAGGAGCUCCACAAGUACAAGGAGAAUGAGAAGGACACAGAAGUGCUUAUGUCAGCGCUGUCAGCCAUGCAGGAUAAGACCCAACACCUAGAGAACAGCUUGUCUGCAGAGACCCGCAUCAAACUGGACCUCUUCUCAGCACUGGGCGAUGCCAAGAGACAGCUGGAAAUCGCACAAGGUCAGAUCCUGCAGAAGGACCAGGAGAUCAAGGACCUGAAGCAGAAGAUAGCAGAGGUGAUGGCCGUUAUGCCUAGUAUCUCGUACACAGCCGACGGCAGCAACAUGACUCCUGUGGCUCCUCACUACUCCUCCAAGUUCAUGGACACCAGUCCCUCCGGCCUAGACCCUAAUGCCUCCGUGUACCAGCCGCUGAAAAAGUGAACGCUCCCUCCAGGCCUCCUUCCUCCCUUUUGUUUUUUGAUUUUUUAAAGCCCACUUCCAGAUUUGCUCGGCAUGUCUGUGUCUGAGAACUUUUUUUCCCUCUCUCGCCAGGUCAGAAGGAUGUUGUAUUGUGUGGCUGUAUUUGUUGUAGUAAAAACAAAUGUCCACUAGAAAUUCCCAGUUUUUUUUCGUUUUUUUUCUUGUAAAUGUGUAGUAAAACUUCACAUAAUUCGGCAUGUAUCUUAUCUAAGGCAUUUCAGUUCUCCUCUCUCCUCCACCUUUUACCAGGUACUUGAACUCAGAUCUUGGGAUUGGUUUUAAUUUAGAACUAUGAUGCGGAUCUCUGCAAGCAGAAGUGUUCACCCUCAUUUCCAGUAUAUAGAAAUGAUGAUGAUCGCUGAGCACGGAUAUCAGUUUCAUAUUAAGAUAAGAAAUGAUCAACACGCCCGAAAGAUUGUAGCGCAAAGUUCUCACCGAUUCUUGCCCAGUUUUGCCAAUGUUAUUUUUCAGUCAUAAAUAUCCGAGGCCAAAUUUAACCUUGUGUUAGCUGUUCUUGGGAUUUGCAGUAUUGAUUUUGUUAUACAUUUAAAAAUAGAUUAUGCAGUCUUUUGUUUUACUUGAUAUUGCUACGAAAAGUUGGAUAACUUUAAGAUGAGGAAAUGGCUGCAUAAAGAUAUUUUGUUUUAAAUUUAAGAUAUUCAAAAUAAGGUGUAUCAAAUGCAAAAUGAAAUGUAUUUCCCUUAAAGCGGUCUAAUUUUCAUAAGCCUUUCCAAAAGUGUUAAGAGAGAAUAGUCUUUCACAUUGUCAUGAUCACUGUGCCUUGAGACUGGACCUCCGUGGUGAAAGGACUGAAGUGCAGAGCUUUCCAACCACACAUACAAUAUUACCCCCAACCUUGACUUGUCCCUGACAGUAGGUUCAGUACCAAUAGCUCAUACUUUUUCAGCUGUUCUGGUGAUAUGGAUUCUUCUCUGUUUUAGCAUGAUUAUGUUACUUCUGUUCAGUGCAUUGAUAUGGUAAUGUUAGCCACUUCAAAGUCUACUGCAUACAGGUCCCAAGCUCACAGCAUGGUCUCUGCCCUGUAUCCAAGGAUAACACAUCUCUCUGCAGUACAUUCUGUUUUGUUGAUUUAAUUCUUGUCCAACUUGUUUUUAUUGUUUUGACUUAAAUUGCACUGUUUUAAAAAGAAAACACAAGCUGUUUGAAAGGGAAAGACCAUUAAUGGAUUUUGUAGUAUGUAUACAAGAAACAAGGCUCCGGAAAUGCCAAACAAGACAAUUAUUUUCCAUAAUUAAUUUUGGUAAGAAUUUGAAUUUUGUGUCAAAUUCUUCAUUGGGUUGUUUUUCCUGAAUACUCAACUUCUGCCCUUGUGCCAAGAAAGGAAUGUACUGCCAAUACAUAGGUAGAAAUGUUUGACAAACUGGUUACCAGUCUGUAGUAGACUGUUUAUGUAUUUAUUAGUGAGGCACUAGAAAAUUACAUUUUCAGUUUUGAAUGUUACAGUAUUGGUAAUUGCCAAGGGUGUUAAGAACAGUCAACUGUUUUUUUCCCUCAGUGUUUUUGGUAUGAUUAUUAUUUCCUGCAGGGAGGAAUAGCUUGAGUCUAAUGUGGUUUUGCUGUCAUCCGAAAUGGUCAUGUUGCGUGUGUGGUUAUGACCUGUUGUAAAUGGAAAUGCUUUUUGCCCAGAUUGCUAGGUAUGUUAUGGGCUCCUAAAAUGUUGUGAAAAUUACAGUUUAAUCAGUUGCUCCGUCUUCUGAUUUUGAAAGUAUAAAAAUACAGUUAUUUUUGUUUUCGUUUUUUUUUUUCUCGAUUCCCUCAGUCAUGUCUGACCUCGGCUGCACUCUUGCUGUCUGUGAGGUUUACAAGGAAUAAAUUAUUUUCUUGCAAA